UUUUACACAAUACAAUGGACGUAGACCAAGAACAAAUUCAGGUGCGAUUGGUGAGUCGCCAGGAAAAACAUGCUAUUCCUGACGCGGCGAUCCGUGUACCCACUGCAUUUAAACGUUUCGGUUUGUCCGAGAUCGUCAACAACCUUCUUAGUCACGAGAAGCCGAUUCCAUUUGAUUUCUUUCUCGACGGUCAGAUCCUUAGAACCAGUCUUGCUGAUUAUCUCUCUGAGAAGCGAUUGUCUACUGAAAACACGCUCACUAUCGAAUAUGUCGAAUCAAUGCUUCCACCUACACAACUCAGUGCUUUUCAACACGAUGAUUGGAUUAGCUCUGUGAAAGCACAUAAUGGUUUAUUCUUAACGGGUUCGUACGACAACAUGCUUCGAUUAUGGAACAAGUCAGGAGAAUGCGUAGCAACAUUUACUGGACAUAGCGAUGCUGUCAAAUCUGUUGCAUUUGGCCCCUCAACUGAUUCCGAAGCUAUUAUAUUGUCUGGAUCAUUGGAUCACACGUUGAUGGCAUGGGCUUACAAUGCGGAUAAUGGAACACAGCGUGAUUUGUAUGAGUGCAAGGGACACAAGGCCCCAAUCGAGUCGAUUUCAGUGAAUGCAGACAAGGAACUCAUGGCUAGUGGAUCAGCAGAUAGCACGAUCAAGAUCUGGUCUACUGCAGAGCCUGAAGAGGAUGAAGAAGAAACUGCUGCUGCUGGAAAAUCGAAGCGAAGAAAGACGGAAAAGAAGAGUGACAGAAAGACCAAGGCCAGUAUGUGCACUUUGGAAGGACAUGUCGGUGCUGUCAAUGCAGUUGUUUUUGACGAUAGCGACUCAAGCGUCGUGUAUUCGGGUGGCUGGGACCAUUCGAUCCGAUCCUGGAACAUUGAACAACAAGUGAAUCUUGUUACAAAGAACUGCGAAAAAGUUGUAUUGGAUGUUGACUACUCUUCUCGUUCGCGAUUGAUUGCUACUGGUCACGCUGACAACGUUUUAAGAUUGUGGGAUCCUCGUUCAGAAGAGGGCACGAACGUGAAGCAAUCUUUGCGUGGUCAUUCGGCAUGGAUUUCUUCGGUAUCUUGGUCAAAGACGUCGGAGCAUCUUUUAUGCUCUGGCUCGUACGACUCUACUGUACGCGUAUGGGAUAUUCGAAGCAAAGGUCCUCUUUACACUGUCAAUGCAGCCGAUGCCUCUUCAAACUCUAAAGUACUUUCUGUUGACUGGGACGAGCAGUUCAUCAUUAGUGGUGGUGAAGAUAAGCACCUGCGGAUAUAUCAAACCAAAGCAUAAAACCACACUCAUUUAGCUACUGAUAACAACGUAAAAAAAGAAUUUGAUAACCAUUUUUACACACAUUUAUGCAUUUUCAUCCUCUUAAUAAAAGUAAAAAGCUUACACAUU